AACACCCGCUGGGAAAUUUCGUGGCGUUCCUUGCGAAUGCGCUAUUGGAGGUCGCCGAUACGACCCUACCAGUAGGAUAUGCAGUACAAUAUAAACAGCCCGUCUGUCCCGGUUAGGACUGAUUACAAAGAGAAUCCCGAGAAUCUCGAGAAUCUGGCAAAGUCGUUUCUUCAUUCCUCAAGACUUCUCACCAGUCGACUUUCACCAUGGCGAUCCGAUCUCUUCUCCAGCUGUGCCUCUUGAGCCCUCUCGUUUCUGUUGCUACUGCGAAACCUAUCAUAGGGAAGAGGGGUUCCUUUGCCGAUACUCAGAAGCUCUCCGACCCGUCCUUUGGUCCAGUUCCUGGUGAGAGCCCGAUCUUCAGCACGUACUAUGGCGUCGAGGCACCUUUCCCUGGAAACUUGAGAGAUGCCGUCCUGCCGACCAAGGCCGGUCCGCCUGGUGAGGAUGAUGUAGUCUGGCAGAACUUGCUCUCUGCCGAAUGGGUCAUCUUCGACUUUUACCAGCAAGCUGUUGAGGCCUUCAACGAGACGGCGUUCAUUAAGGCUGGCAUGCCCAACACUACAUACAAACGCAUCCAAGAGAUCCGGAAUAACGAAGCCGGCCAUCUACGCAUCUUCCAGAACCAGAUCUCCCCUACGUCCGUCAAGCCCGGCGCGUGCGAGCAUCAGUUCCCCUUCUACGAUCCCAUUUCAUUCCUAGCUCUCGUCACCGUCCUCGAGGUCUCCAGCAUGGCUUUCUUGACCGGACUGGUACGGGACGCUAAGCUCCCCUCCUCGCAGGCUGCUAUGCUUUCUAUCGCCGAAACCGAGGCGCGCCACGAAGUCUGGAGUUUGAUCGAAAUCUGGAAGACUAACCCCUUCGGCGGCCCGUCUGACACCGUAUUCCCUUACGCCAACCAGAUCCUCGACACUACCAACGCCUUCAUCGUGCCCGGUAGCUGCCCCCCGGAGAACCCCGAGUACCCCUCGCCGCGCCAGGGGCUGCCCGCUCUUAGCGCUGCCAAAGACACCAAGUCGCUGACGCCCGGCUCCAACAUCGGGCUCAGCUUCACCGACCCGACCAACCAGCCCAAGUUCGACAGCGACAAGGAGUACUACGCCGUCUUCUUCCACGGCCUUUCUAACAUCAGCGUGCCUAUCGAAACGUCGUGCUGGCCCGAGAAAGAGAUCCGCGUCACCAUCCCCGAGCAAUUCGAGACCAAGGGCGUCAUCGCUGCCGUCGUCGCCGACGCCCCCGGUGCUCCGACUAAGGAGAACGUCGUUGCUGGACCGGGUAUCAUCCUAGAACAGCCUACCGCGCUUGCUACGAAGCUUUUGUAAAUGAGAUAUAUUAGGUACGAUACGAUAUGGUUGUAGGAGUAUAUAACGGUAUAUGUAUGAAUUGGAUAGUCGGCUUUGCCAAUAUAUACAGGCCGAUGGUUUAAAUAAUGGUUUAAAGCUAUAUUUUAAUAAUGUCAAUGUUUAAUCAUCUUGUCCAAA